AGUCUCUCUCUGGGCACAGGAGCCUGACAAUACACCGAGUUCAUGGCUGGCUGAACCUGCACAACAGGGAUUGCAGAGAGAGUAACCUGGGGAUACCGGCCCUGAGCUAAGGCUGGAGAUAAAGGGCCUGGUUGGAAGAAGCCCAAGGAAGCAGCAGUGACGGAUUGGAGAGGGCAGUAUGUGGCUACUGUGCAUAGGGUCCCUGGACUGGAACCCAGAGCAGUGAGUGAGCCAGGUUCUGCCACCAGCCACUGGUGUAAACCCCACAAAGGGGAUGGGGCUUAUCUGGGACUCUGAACAACUGGCCAAAUUUAAAGGGCCCAGAGCUGCAGCGGAAGACCCCAGCGAGGGCAAAUAGACUGUUUAUUUACUAGACUCUUGAAUACCCUGGAAGGGUCAUUCAGACUUCGUGAUUCGGCUGGAGGGUCAAGCCACGGAAGGCCUUGAGGUUGGCCAGCAGGGUGCAGGCGGCACCAGGGGUGAGAAAAGGAAGGCAGUACUGCACCCUGCCACUUGGAGGCGCUCAAGAGAAACCCACGAUGUCCACCCUGAAGCUCCCCGGCUAGGAAUCUGCCUUGGGACGCACCGCUGCCCCUUUUAAACCUGGCUGCCCCAGCCCAGAAUGGCUUUAUGCCUCAGCCAAGUUUUCAACAAAGACAAAACCUUUCGCCCCCGUAAGAAAUUCGAGCCCGGCACCCAGCGGUUUGAGCUGUACAAGAAAGCCCAGGCCUCUCUCAAAUCUGGGCUGGAUCUGAAGACUGUGGUCCAGUUGCCACCUGGGGAGAAUAUCAAUGACUGGAUAGCGGUGCACGUGGUUGACUUCUUCAACAGGAUAAACCUUAUCUAUGGGACGAUGUCGGAGUUCUGCACCGAGAAGAGCUGCCCCAUCAUGUCCGGUGGGCUCAAAUACGAAUAUAGGUGGCAGGAUGAUCAUAAGUACAAGAGGCCGACCAAGCUAUCGGCACCCCAGUACAUGUGUAUGCUGAUGGAAUGGAUCGAGAUGCUCAUUAACAAUGAAGACAUCUUUCCUACCAGGAUCGGAGUCCCCUUCCCCAAGAACUUCCAGCAGGUGUGUACCAAGAUCCUCACCCGCCUCUUCCGAGUCUUCGUCCACGUCUACAUCCAUCACUUCGAUAGUAUCAUCAGCAUGGGCGCCGAGGCCCACGUCAACACCUGCUACAAGCACUUUUACUACUUCAUCAAAGAGUUCAGCCUCAUUGACCACCGGGAGCUGGAGCCUUUGAAAGAAAUGACAGAGAGAAUUUGCCACUGAGACGAUUUCUGCCGAGAAGUCCGUCUGUCUCCCCCGGAGCCCACUUGCAACGCGGCAUGCUGGACAAUCUGACUCUGAGGUCUUGCUGUGGAGAUUUGAAAUGCACGGAAAUAUGAGUACUGCUUAAGAGCCGUAUUGUGCCAGGGAACAGUGUUUAUAUUAUCCCAGUCUCCGUUACGUGGAUACUUUAUUUUUAGAAACCAUUGGCCAGAAUGGGGAUAGGACAAGUGUGUGUGCGUGCAUGUGUGGGGUUAAAUACAUACCCACAGAUUUCAUUCUCAUCCCCGCGAGCCCUGAUCACCUGCUUCUUUAUUCCCCCUCAAGCCCAUCCCCUACACACCUGGUGUGUCCUAAAUUAUGUGGCUCUCCUUUAAUUAUGGCACUGAUGGCUGGAGGGUGAAAUCCCUAGCUAAAUGCUCCAGUGAUUACAUCUGCUCACUGGAUUGUGACCCUAUUUUACUGACAAUAGACCUCUAGCGAGUAGUUGUUUUGGGGGCGGGGGCAAGGAAGGGGUUUGGAUAAGGGUUCAGCUAAGAUAGGGUUUGGGAUAACCAGGAGUUCACUAUACCAGGAUUCUGGCUGCCCUGUGUGCAGGUAUGUGAAGAAAGCGCCUCUUGCACCAUUGCACGCCUGUGCACUAGCAGCCUUGACCGGGACACUGGGAAGGAGUCGACUGGCUCACUUUAGAAAUGUUCCUAAAGGGGUAGAGAAGCACAUGGAAAAAAAGCACCAAGAAUCACAUUCGCCUUGCACCGCCGCCCCCCUUCCUUCCCCCCCCUCCCCCCGCAUAUCAGCCAGGCAAAGGGGAGUGGGGGCGCGCAUAACAACUAGCACCAAGAGAACUGAUUUCCUCUCUGAUCUCUAAAGGUCAAAUGGAGGUGCUCAUUAUCUGAAUACAGAGCUGGGGGUCUAAUCCCAGUUCUUGUGGAUUCCUUUAAUUCGGCUGUGGCGUUUGGGUUUAAUUAAAACUCCUGGGACCCUGUUUGACAUUCCAGUGAAGUCAGUAGUGUUACACCAGGGAUGAAUUUCACCCACACACAUUCUGGUACGUCCAGUGGGUCAUUGAGAGCUUUUCCUUCCAAACUCGGAAGGUUGGCUACAAAGACAACUAUGUAACGGGGCUGGGUGAAGUUCAGAUGACGUGGUUUGCGGUAGGGAAGACGAGGGGGAUUGUGGGAACCAGAGUUAAUCUGACUAGAGCUGGUCAAAACUGACAGUUGACACAAUUUUUCACUGAACAAUGGCUUGUUCCUCAAAAUGGAAAUUUCCAUGGGAAUGAUUCCUCCCCUGUCCCCACCCCCAGUAUCCAAAAACUGAAACACUUUGGCCAAAUCCCCCCAUAUCUUCAGUUUUCAACUGAAGAGUUUUCAGUUUCUUGGUUCUUUAAUCUAGUAGAGGUGUAACAAGAUCCAACGGCUGGAAGUUGACGCUGGACAUGUUCAGACUGGAAAGAAAGCAUAUAUGUUUAACGGUGAGCGUCAUUAGCCAUUGGACCGGCUUACUAAGAGUUGCGGUUAGUUCUACAUCACUGGCAAUUCUAAAUCAGUAUCGGAUGUCUUCCUAAAAGAUCUACCCUGGUUCAAACAGGAAUUAUUUCAGGGACGUUCCCUGGCCUGUGUGAUACAGGAGGUCAGACUAGCUGAUCACAGUGGUCCCCUCUGGCCUUGGAAUCUGCCACUCUGUUUGGGGGGUUGUUUGUUGUUGUUGUUUUUUAACAACACUCCCCCCAAAAAAAUUAAAAAAAAAUGGAGAUGAAAACAGGAUUUUUCAUGGGAACAAAAACAAAACCCCACUAGUUCUGGCUCUGUGUUGGGGGUUCAGAAUCAGUGAGUCUGGAGGUUGAGCAGAGCCCCAAAACUGAAAUCAAAACUCACUCAGAACUGUGGAUUUUUUCAUCCGAUUUUGACACCAUGUGAAGCUGCGAGUUAGGGUGACCAGAUGGCAAGUGUGAAAAAUCGGGAUGGGGGUGAGGGGUAAUAGGCACUUAUACAAGACAUAGCCCCAAAUAUCGGGACUGUCCCUAUAAAAUUGGGACAUCUGGUCACCCUACUGCGAGUCCUCCUGUAACAGCACCUAAAGUGAGCCCCAGCUCCCUCAAAACCAGGCCUGGUUUCCCUGGAAAGCUUUUCAAGGGAGGCAUUUCAAGGGCCUGAUGCCGUGCGAUGAGCAUCCCCAGGCCAAUCUGUGAGCAUUGAGGGCUGACCCACCUCAUGUUCAGGCUCCAAGUCUUUAUCAAAACUCCAACAACCAGGCAGCUGCAGGCGAUGGCAAGAUGUGUAUGAAGUUUCACACCGCUCUCAUCUAGGAGUUGACAAUCUAGUAGCUUCUGGUUUCAGGGCCAAAUUCACGGCGGGGGCAACUCCGCUGAACUGGCUGAACGUGGCCCUUUUUGGGUAAAGGAUCGUUAAUGUGUUUACUGUUGCAAUAAAAUAUCACACCACCAUCCCCAUCCCUACGUUUCCAGUGCCACGCAAUUCCCGUGGACUUCAUGCAGCACUUUUAAACAUAGUCAUUUCAGUUGUGCAUAUCCCUUCUUCCACACCAGCUGCUGCCUCCCUACACGGACCAUUUUUUCAAGGAGCAAUAUUUCCCCUCUUGUCCCUCAGUGAAGAUAACUUCAUCAGCCUGGGCUAUUCUACAUGGGUCUUGGAGCAUCAGGUACAGGCGGCCUUGGUGACAGAUGCAUUCCAAUCAGGCCAGUGUCAUUUUUGCAAGUAUUGUCAUGGUUCCUUCCUUCCUUUGACAUGCUCUAUGGAGGACUUAGGGCAAAAAUGAAGGACAAAGGAUUUACAGAAAGGAACCAAGCGGUGUGACACCGAAUGAUGAUUCAUCUUCCCGUUACUGCUUCUAGAAGACUAACAGCAAGCAGCACAUAGGUUUCCCCAUGUUGCGGGGCCAGGGGAAUAUUUCACCAGAGAAAUAUGGGUUCUGUGUUGUUUCUAACUCUCUGGGCAUGUCCCAUCAGAGGAACGUUCUUCGCUUUGGAGACGCACUUUGCAUGACAAACACCGCAUGCCGUGAUAUAAAGUGAAGGCAGGAAAUCAUAAUGGGAGAAACCAUCAAUAUUUUCGGACAAGCUCUCUCCGCUUUGAAUGCCUCAGACACUGCUACCGGAUGUUGUCUCCUUAUCGGAAUCAAAUCUUGCACCUUGGAGGAUCUUAUCAUUUAAACUCUGAUGGGCUGUUAAGAUCACACGUUAGAAAUUCCCCAUAUCAUGCUUGUAAUACCUACUAACUAGUGCUGUUACACUGGCCUUCGGGGAAGAGGUGAAGUGAUUUCUUAGUUUUUUUGUUUGUUAUAUAUCAAAUGAUCUGAGCCACAGUAGAGUUAAGUUUGUGUCUUCUGGCCUUUCUCUGUAGAGGUUUUGUACGUUACAUGGCGUCAAUAUUUAUAUCAUGUGCUGUACUGUUUUUUUGCUUAUGAAACUGAAAUGUUAAAGCCAGUAUUCAAGUGCUGUGCUCAAAGCACUUAUUUUAUUUUUUAAAUCUUGUAUUCCAGAUGUGUAAUUUUUUACCGAGAAAUGAGAAAAAAACAAAAGGUGCAAAAAAGGGGGGAAAGAGCCACUCCAAUAUUUUAUGCAUCAAAUAACUGAUAAAAUUCCAGAUGUUCUCAUUUUGUUACUGAUUAAAGAAACAUGAACAAA